GGGAUAGACCAAGGGAUAGACCAAGGCCUUAUCUCCAGGACUAAUCGAUUUGAAGCCUAGUCUUUAAGGCUAUGCUUACCUAAAGCCUUGUUUCUAAGACAAGGCUAACCAAUUCAAUCAAAGGCUGUGAAAACUAAACACAUUGUUUCUGAGGCCGUUUCAGCCUUAGAAAACCAAAAACCAGAAACAAGACAAAAUGACCACCUGCUGCGGACAGUUCAAAGUUCAGUUCUCUCUCCGAAGAGCGGAGAACGACGGACCUGUGUUUAAGAAGCAAGAUGGCGACCGGUUCGAGAGCAACAUUACGGUCAAGCUGAACGUGAACACUAAGUAUAGUGUCGUACUGACCACAAGGCCUGCUCGGACAGUACAGCGUGUUUUUAUAAAGUCGCAAAAAUUAGAAAUCUCUCUGCAAAAACCGCAGCGAAACGAUGACAACUGCUGUGUCUAUCACGCUGAUUGGUCAACGCUGGGUUAUGACGUCAACAAAAGCAAUAUUCGAACUUACUUGCCAAUAGUUUUAGAGAUGGAGGCUGGACAGCGCGUGGAGGCAAAGCUGCAAGUCAAACUCUAUCCGGAAACGGAAACGACCCACAGCAAAUGGGGAGACGAGUUUCACAUGUUAGAUCUAGACUGCUGCCCUAGCCAAGACAAGACCUCGGUGGAAAUCAAAAAGAUGCAAUACAUUUAAACUUACACCAUCUGCUCAGACGUUACAUUGUACCGAAACAAACCACAAAUUCCUCUUUAUUUUUUACAUUUUUUUUAUACAUUGAGUUGCCUAUGCAUUUCUUGUGUACAUGUGCCUAUAUCUGUGUAUAGGCUUUUGUUUUUAACUCAGAAAUCCUACGCAUAGAUUAUUUUUAGAUAUGUUCUUUAAACUGUAUUUUAUGUAACUAGAAAGUUUGUUGAUGCGUUGCUAAGCAACUUUAGAAUGAAAUGGUAAUUAAGUCCCCUUUUUAUAAGUUCUCUGUGAUACUCCCAUAGUUCCCUUUCACUUCCUCCAAGACCUUUUCAUUUUCAAGACUCAUACUAAAUAUUAGGCUUAUAACAGCCUGAGCCCAUGAAGAUCCCAAUACAGCUUCCAAUUUACAAUAAUGUUGGUACAACGCAAACAAAAAAAAAGAAAAAAAAAACUGUGUGUACAUUUCUCGAGCUUGCAGUGAAAUUAGAAAUAGGCCUAUACUUGAAAACAUGCAAAAUAGUUUUUAAAAAAUAAUAAAUUAUCUAAGGGAAAGAACUCCACAUUUACACCCAUGUAGCUCAAGAUUACUUUCCCUCUUUCGUUAGCAACCAGAAAUAGUUAAAUUAAUUACCACUAUUUAUUAACUGAUGGGUUAAUUUUUGUUUAUUGAUUUAUGUUUUGUUAGGGACAAUGAGUAAUUGUGCAAAGUUUCAACUUGAUACGAGAAUGGGAAGUGGGAGAAAUAACAUGUUCAAUGUUUGUACCUGAUAGAGAGAGAAAAAAAAUGUGAUCGGCUAUAUUUAGUCAAUUAUCUUUUUUUUAUCAUCUGUUCUUAACUUGAAAAUGACAACAACAAAAAAUGUAUCUAAUGACUGUCAAAAUGUUUGAUUGCCCCGUGAAAAUUGGACAAAAAAUUGUUAAAUAUUUCCAUGAAAAUCUCGUCCAAUGAUAAAUCCAACAACGGUAUCAAUUUUUGAUUAAUGUUUCAUUUUUAUUUGUACGCUGGAUCCGAUUUUCAAAGGGAAACAAGCCUUAAGUGUGUGUCUUUUUUUUUUGUUUGUUUUUAGUAGUGGAGUGAUUUUUAGUAGAAAAGUGAGUUUCAUUUUAGUAGUAGAGUGAAGAGUACAUCAUAAUCCAUACAUUUUGUAGGACAGAAGUGAAGAGUACAUCAUAAUCCAUAGAUUUUGUGGGACAGAAGUGAAGAGUACAUCAGAAUCCAUACAUUUUGUAGGACAGAAGUGAAGAGUACAUCAUAAUCCAUACAUUUUGUAGGACAGAAGUGAAGAGUACAUCAGAAUCCAUACAUUUUGUAGGACAGAAGUGAAGAGUACAUCAUAAUCCAUACAUUUUGUAGGACAGAAGUGAAGAGUACAUCAGAAUCCAUACAUUUUGUGGGACAGAAGUGAAGAGUACAUCAUAACCCAUACAUUUUGUAGGACAGAAGUGAAGAGUACAUCAUAACCCAUACAUUUUGUAGGACAGAAGUGAAGAGUACAUCAUAACCCAUACAUUUUGUAGGACAGAAGUGAAGAGUACAUCAUAAUCCAUACAUUUUGUAGGACAGAAGUGAAGAGUACAUCAUAACCCAUACAUUUUGUAGGACAGAAGUGAAGAGUACAUCAUAACCCAUACAUUUUGUAGGACAGAAGUGAAGAGAACAUCAGUCCAUACAUUUUGUAGGACAGAAGUGAAGAGUACAUCAUAACCCAUACAUUUUGUAGGACAGAAGUGAAGAGUACAUCAUAAUCCAUACAUUUUGUAGGACAGAAGUGAAGAGAACAUCAGUCCAUACAUUUUGUAGGACAGAAGUGAAGAGUACAUCAUAAUCCAUACAUUUUGUAGGUCAGAAGAGGGUGACGGUGAGCUCUCGUUCUAGUUUAUUGUGGAGCCAUGUAUUCGUAGUAUAGCCAUUUCUUGUUGGCGUUCUAUCAAUUGUAGUGGUCUAUGAUCUAUCAGUUGUUUUCGGUCCCCAAGGGUAGUCUAUCAUUGGUAUUGGUCUAUCAUUUUGGUCUUAGAUCAGCGCGGGCCAACAAAACGUCACCCUUAAGUGCCUAGAAUGUUUUAACGUGACCUAGUUAUUGGAUCCAGAAUCCGGUUUCAGAGUAUUAACAGAUGUCCCAGAGUAUUCAGAUCUGAACACGUAUCCAUCCCUCAUCGCUUUAAAAAAACAAAUAAAUCCAGGUAUUGCAUUACUACAUAUAAUCUUAGGAUUUAAUCGCCCUCGUUUACUAAGGGAUGUAACUGAA